AGGCGCGGCGGCGGUUGGAGCGGCCGGGAGCCCGGGCGGGACCAUGACCCAGCAGGGCGCGGCGCUGCAGAACUACAACAACGAGCUGGUCAAGUGCAUUGAGGAGCUGUGCCAGAAGCGGGAGGAAUUGUGCCGGCAGAUCCAGCAGGAGGAGGAAGAGAAGCAGCGGCUGCAGAACGAGGUGCGGCAGCUGACGGAGAAGCUGGCCCGCGUCAACGAGAACUUGGCACGCAAGAUCGCCUCUCGGAAUGAGUUCGAUCGGACCAUCGCAGAGACGGAGGCCGCCUAUCUCAAGAUCCUGGAGAGCUCGCAGACUCUGCUUAGUGUCCUGAAGAGGGAAGCUGGGAACUUGACCAAGGCCACAGCCUCAGAGCAGAAGGGCAGUGGGGCCAAGGACAGUUGACAAGGCCCCCGUCCACUGCACCCAUCAACAGUUUGAUCCCCAGCAAGUCUGUUUUCAAAGCAUCUUUGUUCACGACACCAGCUACCUUCGAGAGGCAGCUGCCAGUCUCCACCACCUCUGGGUGACAAGGAAAGCCUGCAGCCUGCCGGGUGGGGGUCCUGGCCGUGCACUCGCACAGGCAUGGGGAGGGUGGGUUCUGAGUCCGUCCCAGCAUCAUGGGAGUCCCCUCAUGUUCCUCUGUCAGCAGGUGCCCAGGCCAGGCAAAUGGGUAGGGUCCCUCCUGCACCUCAGAGCUCGCCCUAGUGGCCUGUGGCUGUCAAUAAAGGUUGUCUUUGUAAAGA